GAGUUUCCUGUCUUUGUAGGAAGGUUUCUGCCGGUCGUGCUAAUGGGCUUGCUGUCUCAAGGCUCCCCGCUUAACUGGACAGAAACCAGGAAAUAUGCCGACCAUGUCAGGAAACACGGCAUUCUGCAGUUUCUCAACAUCUACAACAAGGUGAAGGAUAGGCAGAAGGAUGUGCUAAAAUGGGGAGAUGAGGUGGAAUACAUGUUGGUCCAACUAGAUAAGAAAAAUGAAAAGGCAUGUCUGGUUCUGAAUGGUAACAAAUUAUUGGAGACACUGCAAGAAAAGGGAGAAAAUGUCAACCCCAACCAUCCGACGCUGUGGAGGCCAGAGUAUGGCAGCUACAUGAUCGAGGGCACUCCAGGACAGCCUUAUGGUGAGACAUUGUCCGAGUUCAAUACUGUAGAAGACAACAUGGGCAAACGGAGGAAGGAGGCUUCUUCUGUACUCAACAAGGAUGAGACUCUGUGCACUAUCACAUCAUUCCCCAGGUUGGGUUGCCCGGGUUUCACAAAACCAGAAUAUAGGCCGGCACCUGUUGAAAAAGGAGUCAGCAGGUCCCUCUUCUUCCCCGAUCAGGCCAUCAACAAACAUCCUCGGUUCAGCACUAUAACCAGGAACGUUUUUCACAGAAGGGGGGAGAGGGUGGUCAUCAAUGUCCCAAUCUUUAAAGAUAAAAACACUCCAACUCCAUUUGUGGAGACAUUUCCAGAGGACGAUGGAGGGGCAGUGAGAGCAGCCCUGCCUGACCACAUCUACAUGGAUGCCUCAGGCUUUGGAAUGGGAAACUGCUGUCUACAGGUCACAUUUCAAGCUUGUAACAUCGGUGAGGCUCGAUACCUGUAUGACCAGCUGGCCACAUUCUGCCCCAUAAUGAUGGCCCUCAGUGCUGCUUCUCCCUUCUACCGAGGCUACGUCUCAGAUAUUGACUGCCGAUGGGGUGUUAACUCAGCCUCUGCGGAUGACCGGACUCGGGAAGAACGAGGGCUGGAGCCUUUGAAAAACAACAAGUUCAGGAUCCACAAGUCAAGAUUUGAUUCCAUUGACAGCUACCUUUCUUUUUUUGGGGACAAAUACAAUGAUAUAGAAUUGACGAAAGAUGAUGACAUCUACAGUCAGCUCCUUGAUGCAGGCAUUGACAGAUUACUGGCCCAGCACAUUGCCCACCUCUUUAUUCGUGACCCAUUGUCCCUCUUUGAGGAGACGCUACAUUUGGAUGAUGAGGAUGAAACAGAACACUUUGAGAAUCUUCAGUCCACUAAUUGGCAGACCAUGAGGUUCAAACCACCUCAUCCAAAUACUGACAUGGGAUGGCGAGUAGAGUUCCGGCCCAUGGAGGUUCAGUUAACUGACUUUGAGAACGCUGCAUAUGUUGUGUUCGUUGUUCUCCUUACACGAGUGAUCCUUUCCUACAAGUUAGACUUCCUCAUUCCCCUGUCAAAGGUUGAUGAGAAUAUAAAAGUUGCACAGAAACGAAAUGCGGUACAAGAAGACCUUUUUUAUUUCAGGAGGGAUAUCUUUAAAGGCUGUACCCCUUCCUUUGACUCCACAGCUGCACAAAAUGGUGUUGGGACUAAUGAAGAUCAUGAGGAGUACACACUGAUGAGCAUUGAUACAAUAAUUAACGGCAAGGAGGGAGUGUUCCCAGGAAUUGUACCAAUUCUAAACUGCUACCUGGAGAAUAUGGAGGUUGAUGUGAAAACACGCUGCACCAUCUUGAACUACCUGAAGCUCAUUAAGAAGCGAGCAUCAGGAGAGCUGAUGACCAUGGCAAGGUGGAUGAGGGAAUUUGUUGCUAAGCAUCCAGAGUACAAGAAAGACAGCGUGAUAACUGACAAAAUAAACUAUGAUCUGCUUUCUAAGUGCGACCGAAUUGCCAAGGGGGAGGAGCAGUGCCCUGAACUGAUUGGUGACCCAGCUUCAACCACCAGGCCUUGAGUAAACUUGAAUGUUGUUAUACUUUGUGUUGAUUUUCUCUCUCACACACACACACACGCACACACAACAGUAUGUGCUAAAAGCCAUUUUCAGUCUCGUUUGGGAAAAUUAAUAUUCUCUGCAACAUCAAUGAAAAAUAACAAUGAUGAAUAACGAUAUUUAUGCUUAACACACCCCAGUGAAAUAGGGCAUUAUGCUAUUUGGAUGGUGCUUGAACACAAUAUUAUAUAUGUGAUACUGUAGACUUAGCACUGAACUAAAGCAAAUAAACAAUGUUACAAAACUUAAAAUAUGCACAAGUGAUUUGUAUACUAGAGACAUGAGAUGCACGUGGCAUUGGGAAGCUGUUCAUUAAACUGUGCGUAGAUUUACUAUAAUUGGGAGCUGUUGCCAUGUACCAAAGUGAAAUUAAAAAUGACUUUAAUGAACUGACAGUUUGACAAUAUUGUAAACU